AUGGAGAAUUCGUCCCAUGUAAAAGUUUUCACUCUUUCUGGAUUAAAUGGAACAAGGGGAAAUAAUUAUUUAUAUUUUUCUCUGACUCUUAUGGUAUAUAUGUUAAUCUUGUUUGUCAAUCUGACAGUGAUUUUCACCAUUUUAUUGGAGAGGGCCCUCCACGAGCCCAUGUAUCUCUUCCUGUGCAAUUUGUGUAUGAAUGGACUGUACGGUGCUGCUGGUUUCUACCCCAAAUUCCUAUCAGACUUACUCUCUGAUGUUUACAUGAUCUCGUACGAAGGAUGCUUCAUUCAAGCAUUUGUGAUCUACACAGCAGUGAAGUGUGAUUUUUUAACAUUAGCUGCAAUGGCUUAUGAUCGAUAUGUGGCCAUAUGCAAACCAUUAGAGUAUCAUUCCAUUAUGACAAUUCAGUUGGUAAUUAAACUGAUUAUUUUUUCCUGGUUCUUUUCCUUUUUCACCAUGUCCCUAAGUGUAGGACUCGCAAGCAGACUGCCAUUAUGUGGUUCCCAUAUUGAUAAAUUUUACUGUGAAAACUGGUCCAUCGUGAAGCUGUCUUGCGAAUCAACAAUAUAUAAUAAUAUCAACGGGACUAUUAUCAUAUUUAUGUUUUUUGUAACUGUAAUUUGCAUUAUCUGUUCAUACAUCAAAUUGAUUAUUGUGUGCACAAAAAGUAGAGAUGACAGGGUAAAAUUUAUGCAGACGUGUCUGCCACAUGUACUCACGUUAACAAAUUUCACGGUUACUUUACUUUUUGAUACAAUGUAUAGCAGAUAUGGAUCGAAAGAUGUGCCACAGGCCAUACGCAACUUCUUUGCAUUGCAGUUUAUCAUCAUCCCACCCAUUUUUAAUCCCCUUAUUUAUGGGCUAAAACUGACAGAGGUUCGCAAAAGACUCCUGAGACCUUGUCUCAGAGGGCUUUAG